CCACCCCGCGCUGUGCUUCGGCCCCCCGGUGGCUCCCCGGGCGCACGUCGGGUCUCCCGCGGGCGCGGUGUCCAGAGGCCGAGCCCUGUGGCGCCCCGAUGAGAGGCCUGCGGGGGAGGCCCACUUCUCUGUGAUGCACUUACACAAAGCACAUUUUCCUUAACAUUUCCGCCUUUUCUCUUUUCCUCUCUUCAAGUAUUACAGACGCCCCCCUCUCCCAGCGAGCCCUCUCCGCACCCCGCCCGGGCCUCGCGCCGCCCGCGGGGCUUGUGCCCAGAAGGUCUGGGGAACCUGACGGGCGUGUCCUGCCCACGCGUGCCCACGCCGUGAGUCUGCCCUCCCCGUGCAGGCUCCGGAGCCGACCUUUUCUCCUCGCACUUCGCCACCGAAAGCGCCCGGUGGGCCCCGCGUGGCCACCGCCUUGACCGGUUCCGUUUCAGCGCCCGGGAGGGCAUCUCGCAGGCCCGGGCGAGGACCCAGCCCCACCGCCUGAACCCCUGAACCCCAGCACCCGGUGGGCCCCAGACGGUGAAGCGCUAGGCGGCCCCUUGGGGUCUCUGCUCCGCGUUUCCAGUUAUGGAUCAGAGGCUUUCUGAGUUGGUGGAAGACCUCACAACUUCAGGAGAGCCGCAGCUGAACCCCGAGAAGAUGAAGGAGCUGAAGAAAAUCUGCAAGUCGUCGGAGGAACAGCUGAGCCAUGCCUACCACCUGCUGAUGGCCCAGCUGAGCCAGGAGCAUGCCGAGAUCCGCCUCUCUGCCUUCCAGAUUGUGGACGAGCUCUUCGCCCGGUCUCACCUGUUCAGGGUGCUGGUCGUGUCAGACUUCCAGGAGUUCCUGGAGCUCACGCUGGGCACCGACCACAGGCAGCCCCUGCCGCCACCCAGGGAGGUGGCCCAGAGGCUGAGGCAGGCUGUCACCCGGGCCGUCCAGGGGUGGAACGAGAAGUUUGGCGCGGCCUAUAAGAAGCUCGCCUUGGGCUACCACUUCUUGAGACACAGCCAGCAGGUGGAUUUUCAGGAUGUGAGCGCUAGGACUCUGGCAGAAAGAAAGCGAGAAGAGGAGAAGCAGAGGCGCUUAGACAGAAUCUACCGGGACAGGUCCGAGCAGGCCGUGCGGGAGAUGGAGGAAAUGUCUGAGGAGAUCCGGGGCUGCCUUACAGAGGUGGACAGCUGCUUCCGGCUGCUGGUGCCCUUUGACUUGGGGCUGAGCCCCGGGGCCGUUCGGCUUGCUGUGGCCUCUGCUGCACCCAAGGAGGGUACCCCUCUCCCAACCAGCACCCCCGUUGGGGAUGAGGAGCGGCCGUGCUGCAGCAAGACCCUCCCGGCCUGUGCACUGCGUCCAGUGGCCAUCCGUGGGGAGGGGCUGCCCCAUGCCACCCAGGGGGCCUCCUCGGACGACGAGGACAGUGACCAGGAAGAGUUUGUGCGGUGCCAUGGGCUGGGCUCCCACAAGUACAGCUUGGACGUGGAGCUGUCCUCAGACAGCCUGAGGGUGCAGGAGGACGAAGACAACUGCGCUGUCAUCCAGUCAGCCCGGGACGCGCUCAAGCUCAUCCAGAACAAGUUCCUACCAGCUGUGUGCAGCUGGGUCCAGCUGUUCACCCGCGCAGGUACACAUGGGGGGCACUUGGAGGCUGCCAUCGGUCUGAAGGCAGAACUGGAAACGGCCCUGCGGAAAUCCCGGGAGCUGAACAUCGAGCCCGAGAGGCUGCGCAGGAGGGAGGCGGCAUCCCCCGGGAGCGAGAGUGAGGACGACGACUUUGUGGAGGUCCCAGAGUGGGGGGGGCACGACGCCUGCGGCCCCGACUUACAGCCCAAGGAUGGGCUGGAGAAAGACCUGGCUGCGCAGGGCUUGCAGGCGAGGAAGAGCAUGAAGAUGGACGUGGAGGCCAGCGACCCCACCUCGGCUGCCGCCCAGCUCCACCGCCUCCGGGGCCGCUUGCCCCCAGCCCCGUGCCCGAGCCCCAGGACACCACUGGGACCAGAGGAGGCCCAGAAGCUGGCAGCAGAGCGGGCCCGGGCUCCCGUUGUCCCCUUUGGGGUGGACCUAUGCAACUGGGGCCAGGAGCCGGAGGCCGUGGGGAAGAUCCUCAAGGCUGAGUCUCAGCACCGCUUCUGGAAACCCAGCGAGGUAGAGGAGGAGGUGAACAGUGCCGAGGUCCUGGAGGUGCUGCGGAGCCGCCACAUAACCUUCGCGGGGAGGUUCGAGCCUGUGCAGCACCAGUGCCGUGCCCCCAGGCCUGACGGCCGGCUCUGUGAGCGCCAGGACCGGCUGAAGUGCCCGUUCCAUGGCAAGAUCAUCCCCAGAGACGACACGGGGCAGCCCCUCCACCCAGAGGACAGGGCCCGGGAACAGAGGCAGCAGCUGCAGAGGCAGGCCCAGUGCCCAGACUGGCAAGACCCCGAGUUUAUGAGAGACGUGGAGGCGGCGACAGGGGUGGAUCUUGGCUCGUCCCGGGUUGGCAGGAGAGGCAAAGGCAAGAAGAGGCGGCACCCUGGACUCACUGACCUGAAGCAGCAGGCGGACACCGCCCGCACGCGCAUCGCCAAGAAGGUCUUUGCUAAGGCGGCCAUGCAGAGGGUGGUCACAGCCAUGAACCAGGUGGACCAGAAGAAACACGAGAAGUUUGCAAACCAGUUUAACUACGCGCUGAGCUAGAGGCUGGGCCAGCUGUGCUGUGGUCCCCUCUGCUCCUCGGCUCCUCCCGCUCUGCCAGUGUCCCCGAGGGGAGAGGGCGGGGACUGGGCAGCAGCCGCCGUCUCCACUGUGUUAAAUGGGAGGAAAUGGCAUAUUCUGAUUAAAAUGCUGAGGGUGUGGUCAUGGGGGCCACUGCCACCUGUGUUAUGGGUCUGGCUGCCUAAGAGGUCCCUGGAGCACCAGGGGUGACCUCGGCAGCCAUGUCUCCAUUGGGCAGCUUGCGGAGCCUGCACACUGCGUGACAUGGUUCAGGCAAUGGAAGGGGCCCCCACCCACCUCCGCCUCUACAGGGGGCUGGCCGCUCAGGAACUCUGGGAAAAUCCAUAUUUUUGUGUAAAGGCUGUUUUAAUGCAAACACAAAGGGAAGCGACCGUCCACCUGUCGCAUGUCUCGUUUCCAGCUCACGGCCUCGGUGACGGCUCCGUCAGGGUGCAGAGGACCACCGUACCCUGCUGCUUAGAAAACGACUUGAUCAAGAUGUAACUCACAUACUGUGAUGUUCACUCUUCUUCCAAUUCAGUGGCACCACGUACGUUCCCGGUGUCGGGCACCCCCCACCCUGCGUGGCUGCAGAGCUUCUCAUCACUGUGAAAGGCAGCCUGUCCCCAUUAGUGGCCACUGCCCACCCCCGGGCACCUCUGAGCUACUGUCUCUGGAUUUCCCUGUCCCGACGCGGCCUUGACUGGAGCCACGACAGCCUCCGUGUCUGGCUCAUGACAGCACAGUGGCUCUGAGGUCCUGUGUCACUCCCCUUCAUUGCUUCACCACGCUCAUCCUGGGGAGGUGCCACCUUGUCUAUCCCUCGCCAGUGACAUGGUGGUGGGCACAUUUGGCUGUUGUGCGUGCCAGUGUUUGUGUGGACAAGUUCACUUCUCUGGGCGUAAACUAGGAGCAGAGUCCCUGGGUCCCGUGGUGGCUCCUUAACCUUCCCGGGAACCGCUGACCUUCCCACAGCCUCUGUGCCCGGGGCGUCUCCAGGGGCGUCCUGGUGGGAGAGGUGCUUCCCCUGGUUGAUUGCGUUUUCCUGAUGCUGAUGAUGCUGAGCAUUUUUUCAUGUGCUCAUUGGCCGUCUGUACGUCGUCUUUGGAGAAAUGCCUUCAGCAUUUCUUGGUCACCUGCUCAUUUUUAACUGGGCUGUUUGUUUUGAGUCGUAAGAGUUCUUUAUAUAUUUUGGAUAGCAGACCCUUCACCUGGUUUGCAGGUUUUCUCCCGUUUGGUCUUUUCACUUUCCUGGUGGUGUCCUUUGACUCACAACAGUUCAUUUUGACGACGUUCCGUGUUUUCUUUUGCUGUGUAUGCUUUUGGUGUCGUAUCUGAGCAACCGUUGCCUGAGCCCAGGCCACGAGGUUACCCCUGUGUUUUCUCCUGAGGGUUUGCAGGUUCCAGGCUGAUCCAUGUUGAGUUAAUUUCCUAUAUGGUGUGAGACAGGCUUCCAGUGUCGUUCUUUUGAGUGCAGAUGUCCCGUGGCAUGAGCACCAUUUGUUGAAAGAUAAUUCUUUUCCCCAUCAAAUUAUCUCAGCAGCUUUGCUGACCAUCAGCUGACCAUAAACGUGAGUUUAUUUCUGGGCUCAUUUCUAUUCCAGUGGCUGCUCUCUGCCGGCGCCGCGUUGUGGUUGGUGGCACCUUGGGGUAAGCUUGAAAUUGGAGAGCAUGAGUCCCCCAACUUUGUUCUGCUUCAAGACUGUUUUGGCUAUUCUGGGUCCCUUUAUUUCCAAGGGAGUCUUAGGGUCAGUUUCUGCAAUAAAGAGCAGGUUUGAGUAGGAAUCACACUGAGUCUGAGUGUCACGUUGGGGAGCGUUGUCAUCUUGAUGUUGUCUGGUCCGUGGGCCUGGGCUGUCCCGUGGGUUUGGACAGUCUCUGCUUCUGCAGCGUUGUGUAGCUUUCGGUGUACAAGUUUUGCACUUUUUUGUUAAAUUAUUCUAAGUACUUUAUUAUUCCUGGUGUAUUUGUAAUGUAACUGUUCUCUGAAUUUCAUUUUUGGAUUGUUUGUUUCUAAUGUACAGAAAUGCAACUGACUCUGUACA